AUGUUGCGGAGGUUCUCGUCGACCUUCAAGAAGAAGGGGGACCGCGAGUCCAAGCAGAAUGGCACUGCAGCCGCCGUCGCCAACACCAACAACAACGACAACAACAAGCGUCACUCCAAAAUCUCUGCGGCACGCAAGUCAUCGUCUGAUGACGACCGUAAUGAGAAGAAGGGCGAUUCCGUUUCUCCUUUUGAGAAAUACGCAUCCGUUCUCCAUGCUUCACGAUCUCCAAUUCCCAACCAGACUGGGGAUGGGGCCUACCUCGAGCACGAGCAUACGACCAGCUUAUUGCAGGAUGCCAGGCAUCUUGGCUUUAAGGAUUUCAAGACCCUGAAGGAGGUCAUCGAGAGCAAACUUCCGGGGGGGCAGCUGAUAGAUGACAAGACCAUGUUAAUGGAGCGCAUCAUCCAGCUGGUCAGCAGGCUUCCUCACAACUCAAAGCAUCGCGAGGAGCUGACAAACGCCUUCCUUACGGAGUUGUGGGAUUCGUUGCCUCACCCUCCUCUCUCAUAUAUGGGAAAUGAUUACGCCUAUCGCUCUGCCGAUGGUUCCAACAAUAACCCUACGCUCCCGUGGCUCGGAGCUGCGAACACCCCAUAUGCUCGGACGAUCGCCCCAUUGAUCAUUCAGCCUGGUGGAUUGCCUGACCCUGGCUUAGUUUUUGACACGCUUUUCGCUCGUCAGACCUUCAAGCCGCAUCCAAACAAGGUGUCCAGUGUUUUCUUUGACUGGGCAUCUCUCAUUAUCCACGAUAUCUUCCAGACCGACUACAAAAACCCCAACGUGAACAAGACUUCUGGUUAUCUGGACCUCUCCAUCUUGUAUGGUGACGUUCAGGAGGAGCAGAACCUGAUCCGGACGUUCAAGGACGGGAAGUUGAAGCCCGACAGCUUCUCCGAGCCCCGUCUUCAGGCGUUCCCGGCCACGUGCUGUGUCCUGAUGGUUAUGCUCAAUAGAUUUCAUAACUAUGCCGUGGAGCAACUAGCGGCAAUCAACGAAGAUGGCCGCUUUACCAAGCCCGCGGAUAAUCUGUCGGAAGAAGAGGCUAAGAAGGCUUGGGCGAAGUACGAUGAGGAUCUCUUCCAGACAGGUAGACUCAUUACCUGCGGUCUUUACAUCAACAUCACUCUGUAUGAUUACCUGCGCACGAUCGUGAACCUGAAUAGAACCAAUUCGACUUGGUGUCUUGAUCCCCGGGCUCAAAUGGAGGGAAGCCGCACUACGCCCUCCGGUUUGGGUAACCAAUGCUCCGUGGAGUUCAACCUGGCAUACCGCUGGCACUCGGCUAUUAGCGCCACCGAUGAGAAAUGGACUGAAGACGUCUAUGAGAGGCUGAUGGGAAAGCCCGCCUCGGAAGUCUCGAUGACAGAGCUUCUCAUGGGUCUAGGCAAGUAUCAGGCGGAACUACCCAAGGAUCCAUCCAAGCGCACGUUCGCCGAUCUGGAACGUCAAGCCGAUGGAAAAUUCAAGGAUGAGGACCUCGUCAAUCUUUUGGUCAACGCUGUUGAGGAUGUUGCUGGCUCUUUCGGCGCACGUAACGUUCCAAAGGUUCUGAAGAACGUUGAAAUUUUGGGCAUCAUCCAGAGCCGGAAGUGGAAUGUGGGCUCACUCAAUGAGUUCCGAAAGUUCUUCGGAUUGAAGCCCUACGAGACUUUUGAAGAGAUCAACUCAGACCCAGAUGUUGCGGAGUCUCUUCGAAGUCUGUACGACCAUCCUGACUUUGUGGAACUCUAUCCCGGAAUCGUGGCUGAGGAAGCAAAGCAGCCCAUGGUCCCUGGUGUUGGCAUUGCGCCCACCUACACUAUUUCCCGGGCUGUUCUGUCUGACGCAGUGGCUCUUGUUCGUGGUGAUCGUCACUACACGAUCGAUUACAACCCGAGAAAUCUCACCAACUGGGGUUAUUCCGAGGUCAGAUAUGACCUCAGCAUCAACCAGGGCUGUGUCUUCUACAAGCUCGCCACCAGAGCGUUCCCCAACUGGUUCAAGCCUGACUCUAUCUACGCUCACUACCCCAUGACAAUCCCCAGUGAGAACCGAAAGAUCAUGAAGGAUCUGGGCAGGGAGUCUCACUACUCCUGGGACCGUCCCCGGUACACUCCUCCUCGCGUCGACCUGGUGUCGUACUCUAACGCCAAGUUGGUCGCGGAGCAACAGAACCAGUUCCGUGCCGCCUGGGACGACACCGUCGAGUUUGUGUUCGGAAAGGCCAGCAAGGAGUUCAAGCUAUCUCAGGAUAGUGCCUUUAUCCAGAAGCACGCUGACGUUAUGAGCAAGCUGCUGAACAAAGAAGAGUGGCACCGGAGCGUUAAAGAAUUUUAUGAAGAUAUCACCACGAAACUUCUCGAAGACAAGACAAGGAGAUUUGGUGGCCUCAAUCAAGUGGAUAUUACGAAGGAUGUUGGGAAUCUUGCUCCGGUGAUCUUCGCCUCGAACGUCUUCUCCCUCCCUCUGAGAAGCAAGGAGAACUCCCGAGGCAUUUACACGGAGCACGAAAUGUUUAAAGUUCUAGCAACCUUGUAUAACUGCCUCUACUUCGACAUUGACAAGACCAAGUCCUACCCUCUGUACCACGCAUCUCAGGCCGUUGGUGAGCCGCUGGGCAAAGCUCUCGAGGCCAGUGUCAAGGCGCUUGGUGGUAGCAGUCUACUCUCUGGCAUUUUUGGCAGCUUCCGCGAGAACAACAAUGCUCUCAAGGAGUACGGAGUGCACAUGACGAAGCAGCUUCUGGAGAAUGGUCUGGGCGCUCACGAGAUCGCAUGGGCGCAGAUUCUGCCCACAGUCAUUGCGAUGGUUCCCGGCCAGGCCCAAGCAUUCACUCAAAUCGUCGACUUUUACCUGUCGAAAGAAGGCAGCAAACAUCUCCCAGAAAUCCAACGCCUGGCCAAACAGGACACGAAGGAGUCGGACGAACAAUUGCUGCGUUACUGCUUGGAGGCUGUGCGUCUCAACGAUCAUUCUGGAUUGUACCGCCAGUCAGAGACUACCCUCGCCGUGACUGAUGAGGCCGGCGAGGUCACUAUUCAGCCUGGAGACAAGGUCUUUGUCAGCUUUGCCAAAGCCAACCGCGAUGCUAGCGUCUUCCCUGACCCAGAGGAAGUGCGUCUGGAUAGACCUAUGAAUUCCUACAUCAGCCCAAACCUAGGACCACACGGCUUCCUCAGCAAGGAAACCAGCCACAUUGCAUUGACCGCCAUGCUGCGCACUGUCGGGCGUCUGAACAACCUCCGCGUCGCUCCUGGUGUUCAGGGACAGUUGAAGAAGAUUCCUCAGCCCGGUGGCUACUCUGCUUACCUGAGGGAGGAUCAUGGCAGUUACUCUGUCUUCCCUACAACUUUCCGUGUUCAGUACGAUGCCUAA